GGGGGCUCCUGCGGGGCCGCGGGGCGUUCGGGCACCGAAGGGUAGCGGCGGGGACGGCCGCGGGACGCGCCGACGCUCCGGAGAGCGUGUGCGCCCGGAGGACAGCACAAUAGCCGGGAGGAGGAGACAGGGAAAGGGGCAGGGGGAAAGGAGGAGAGAGAAAGAGAAAGCACAACACGGGGGCUGGCAAGGGGAGGACGGAGCGGAGGGCUCCCGAGCGCGGCGGCGCUGAGGACCGUGGCCGGGACGGCGGCGGCAGGAGGUGGGUGGAUGGGUGGGGGGCGAUAUUUACCUUUCCUCCCCCGCCCCGAGCCAGCUCCUUUGUCCACCCCCCUUUGAAGUGCUAUGGAGUCGCCGGGGUGGGAGCAUUGUUGUUCGCUAGCGAAAGAUCAGUCAUGAAGGGGGGAGAGUAGCGAGCAUACGUGUGGUUGGGGACGGCAAGAGGUGGAGGAGACGAGGAGGAGAGAUUGUUCCGAGGAUCGCCGUUUGCCUCCCAGUUUCUCUGCAUGGACCGUGAAAGAAACGCGCUGAGUUGACCCUGUCGGAGCUGUUUCGGCUUCUACAUGUGAGAUCCGGUUGGUUUAUUCUCUCCACCUAUCUCUCUCCAGCUUCCUUCCCUUAUUCUCCACUUACUCCUGUAUGCAAAAUGGUGGACCCUGUGGGGUUUGUAGAGGCUUGGAAAGCGCAGUUUGCAGACUCUGAGCCUCCUAAAAUGGAGCUGAAAUCUGUGGGAGAUAUUGAACAGGAGCUGGAGAUGUGCAAAGCGUCUAUCCGGAGACUGGAGAUGGAGGUCAACAAGGAGAGGUUCCGCAUGAUUUACCUGCAGACUCUUCUGGCAAAGGAGAAAAAAAGCUACGAUAGACAGAGAUGGGGCUUUAAACGUGCUUCUCAGUUGCCUGAAGGGGGUGCUGACCAGCAGGUCCAAGACCUGCCUCAUCACCAGUCUGCUGACCAGGAUGAACAUGAAAAAAACAAGUCGCACCAUGGGGAGGAAAAGUUCAAACCCAGGAUGCCUUCUCUGCGAAAGCUGUCUACUCAGAGCGAUGGGUCAGACCUGUCACCUUUGGACAGUCCCCAUCAUGGAGAAGGAGAACAGGACAGGUGUAAGUAUUAUGGCGAGGAGAAAUUGAAGAGAGUUGUAGAAGAUACAGAAAGUCGCUGUGACACAGAUGGAUCUCCUUCAAAACACAGAUCGUCUUCCACUCGCAGGCUAGUGGGAUCUGCUGAGAAGGAGGGAUUGUUUGAACCUGUUUCCAAGGACAGAGGGAACAGCACCAGUGUGGCAGCCCUAAGGUCCAAUUUUGAGAGGAUUAAAAAGGGCAAUUCACAUCAUUCUGGAGAUAACAAGGAUGUUGUUGAAAAACCCUUUUAUGUAAACAUGGAGUAUCAUCAUGAGAAAGGUCUAGUGAAGGUCAACGAUAAAGAUGUUUCUGAUAAAAUAAGCUCUCUUGGUAGUCAAGCCAUGCAAAUGGAACGCAAAAAGUCCUUACACUCCCUUCCUUCAAAUAUGGUACCCAGCUUCAACGAAUUCCAGCGGCCUGCUUACAGGGGGAGGUCCUCAGAGAGCAGUUUUGGCUAUGAUGGAGAAUAUGAAGAUGCUGAACUGAACCCCAGGUUUCUCAAAGAUAAUCUGAUAAAUGCCAAUGGCAGCAACCGCUCGCCUUGGCAGCCCAUGGACUUUCAACCUUAUCAAAGUAUCUAUGUUGGUGGAAUGAUGGGAGAAACAGAAGGGAAAGGACCUAUCCUGAGAAAUCAGGGUACGACGGACCAGGAGAAACAUCUCACUUGGCCUAGGAGAUCUUAUUCCCCCAGGAGUUUUGAAGACAUUGGAGGAGGAUAUACUCCUGAUUGUAGCUCUAAUGAGAACCUUACCUCCAGUGAGGAGGAUUUCUCUUCAGGGCAGUCCAGCCACGUCUCCCCCAGUCCCACCACUUACCGCAUGUAUCGGGAUAAAAGUCGUUCUCCCUCCCAGAACUCUCAGCAGUCCUUUGACAGUAGCAGUCCACCAACUCCUCAGUCUCAGAAACGGCACAGGCAGCAGCAGGUCAUUGUAUCUGAGGCUACUAUCGUGGGCGUACGAAAAACGGGACAGAUCUGGCCAAGCGAUGGAGAUUUGCCUUCUGGGAGAUGUCACCAAGACAGCCUCUUCCAUGGAGAUGCAGAUGCUUCAUUCAGUGGCACACCACCCAGCUAUGCGUAUGAUGCAGACCGUGCUGAAGAACAGAGGCGACAUCAUGAUAUGAUGCCCUACAUCGAUGACUCACCAUCAUCUUCCCCCCAUCUCAGUUCCAAGAGUCGAGGCAGCAGAGACACCCUAUCUUCAGGGUCCCUGGAAUCUACAAAAUCAAGUGAGCCUGAUCUGGAGAAAGGCCUGGAGAUGAGAAAAUGGGUCCUGUCAGGAAUCCUGGCCAGUGAGGAAACCUAUCUGAGCCACUUGGAGGCUCUGCUGCUGCCUAUGAAGCCUUUGAAAGCAGCUGCCACCACCUCUCAGCCUGUGCUGACUAGUCAGCAGAUUGAGACAAUAUUCUUCAAAGUGCCUGAGCUCUAUGAGAUCCACAAAGAAUUCUAUGAUGGACUCUUUCCCCGAGUGCAGCAGUGGAGUCACCAGCAACGUGUCGGAGACCUCUUCCAAAAGCUGGCCAGCCAGCUGGGAGUGUACCGGGCCUUUGUGGAUAACUAUGAAGUUGCCAUGGAGACAGCAGAGAAAUGCUGCCAAGCCAAUGCUCAGUUUGCUGAAAUCUCUGAGAAUCUAAAGGCUAGAAGCACAAAGGAAUCUAAAGAUCAGACGACGAAAAAUUCCUUGGAAACUCUGCUAUACAAGCCAGUGGAUCGAGUGACUCGCAGCACACUUGUACUGCAUGAUUUGCUCAAGCACACUCCAGUGAGCCACCCUGAUCAUCCACUCCUGCAGGAUGCCCUGCGGAUCUCACAGAACUUCCUUUCCAGCAUCAAUGAGGAGAUCACUCCUCGUCGGCAGUCCAUGACUGUAAAGAAGGGGGAGCACCGGCAGCUCCUGAAGGACAGUUUCAUGGUGGAGCUCGUUGAGGGGGCUCGCAAACUACGUCACGUCUUUCUUUUUACUGAUCUGUUCCUGUGUGCCAAGCUCAAGAAGCAGAUUGGAGGAAAAAGCCAGCAGUAUGACUGCAAAUGGUACAUCCCACUCACUGACCUUAGUUUCCAAAUGGUGGAUGAGUCUGAGGCAGUGCCCAACAUCCCACUGGUACCUGAUGAGGAACUGGAUGCCAUGAAAAUCAAGAUAUCCCAGAUCAAGAAUGAUAUCCAGCGUGAAAAGAGGGCCAAUAAGGGCAGCAAGGUCAUUGAGAGGUUGAAAAAGAAGCUCUCAGAACAGGAAUCACUCCUGCUGCUGAUGUCUCCCAACAUGGCUUUCCGGGUGCACAAUCGCAAUGGCAAGAGUUACACGUUCCUCAUUUCAUCAGACUACGAAAGGGCAGAGUGGAGGGAGAACAUCCGGGAGCAGCAGAAGAAAUGCUUUAAAAGCUUCUCGCUCACAUCAGUGGAGCUCCAGAUGCUGACAAAUUCCUGUGUGAAACUCCAGACAGUUCACAACAUUCCCCUCACUAUCAAUAAGGAAGAUGAUGAAUCUCCAGGUCUCUAUGGAUUCCUGAAUGUCAUUGUCCAUUCUGCCACAGGAUUCAAGCAAAGUUCAAAUUUGUAUUGCACGUUAGAGGUCGAUUCUUUUGGGUAUUUUGUGAACAAGGCCAAAACCAGAGUGUACAGAGACACCACGGAGCCCAACUGGAAUGAGGAGUUUGAGAUUGAGUUGGAAGGCUCACAAACUCUGCGGAUUUUGUGCUAUGAAAAGUGCUACAACAAAAUGAAGCUCACCAAAGAGGAUGGAGAGAGCACAGAUCGCAUAAUGGGAAAAGGACAGAUCCAGCUGGACCCACAGACACUACAGGACAAAGACUGGCAACGCACGGUCAUCUCAAUGAAUGGAGUUGAAGUGAAGCUGUCAGUGAAGUUUACCAGUCGAGAGUUCAGCCUGAAGAGGAUGCCAUCACGGAAACAGACGGGGGUCUUUGGGGUCAAGAUUGCAAUUGUCACCAAGAGGGAGAGAUCAAAGGUGCCUUACAUAGUGCGCCAGUGCGUGGAGGAGAUAGAGCGCCGUGGGAUGGAGGAGGUGGGCAUCUACCGCGUCUCUGGGGUCGCAACCGACAUCCAGGCUUUGAAAGCGGCCUUUGAUGUCAAUAACAAAGAUGUGUCAGUGAUGAUGAGCGAGAUGGAUGUUAAUGCUAUUGCAGGCACAUUGAAGCUGUACUUCCGAGAGCUGCCUGAACCUCUCUUUACAGAUGAACUGUACCCCAACUUUGCAGAGGGCAUUGCACUUUCAGAUCCCGUUGCAAAGGAAAGCUGUAUGUUGAAUCUAUUGUUAUCACUUCCAGAACCCAACCUUGUCACAUUCCUUUUCCUUUUGGACCAUUUAAAAAGGGUUGCUGAGAGGGAGAGCAUUAACAAGAUGUCCCUGCAUAAUCUUGCAACUGUCUUUGGACCAACGCUGCUCAGACCUUCAGAGAAGGACAGUAAAAUCCCUGCCAACCCAACCCAGCCUAUAACAAUGACUGAUAGCUGGUCACUAGAAGUCAUGUCCCAGGUUCAAGUCCUUCUGUACUUCCUGCAGCUAGAGACCAUCCCUACCCCAGACAGCAAGAGGCAAAGCAUUCUCUUUUCCACAGAGGUGUAGAUGUCUGUGAUGCCAACAGGACUCCAAAAAAAACCACACCACAAACCCAACCUGUUCUUGGCAUAAAUCUGCCACUCUUGAAAAAAGGAAGACUGGUGUUUCUUCAGACAUUUCUGGCCUGUUCCUGUUCUGGGGAAUGAUGGCCCUCAGUGCUUCUGCUGUUUGUUAACCAGUGGCAAGCUGAAGAGAAGGUAGAAAAAUACCUACUUUUGAUCAGGAGAAUGAGAAUCGAAGUGGAGGUAGAGCUGUGCAGAAUCUCCACUAGAAGGAGCAAUAGACACUUGAACAAAUGCACCACGGAGGGUGGCUGUUAUUCUUGUUGGGAAUGUGAUGGAAGGUAUUCCUCAUUUUGUGGAUUUGUCAUAAAGAAACGUCAAGAUUUCUAACGGACCACUUGAUAGGAUACCCUUUUUUGGGUGAGAGGGAGUUAAAGGAUCUAUCACAACUGUGUCUUUAAUAACUGCUGUUUUUAAAGUACUGUUUUAGGCCACAAAAAUAGCAUUGCUUUGCAAGAAGAGGAAAGAAGGGAAGGGUCUGGGAUCUAAGAUACCCUCCUCUGAAAUUGAAGUCCUGAUUUGAACAGGGUUCUAAAGAAGUGAAACAGUUUUGCAUACAACUCAAACUUUUUUAUUUGUCUUGCCCACCCCUUCUCCUGCAAAUGUUUGUACAAGGAGAUGCUGUGCUCUUGCCUAUGUUGCACUUCUGAUGGUGUGGAUUUUUGGGGGGAUGGGGGUGUUGAAGGGCCCAGACUCAAUGAUUUUUCACUACAAAUAAAUACAGCAAAUUAAAGAGAGGCAGGGACGGUUUGAGUCAGUGCUUUGUGAUUCUUUGGUUGUUUGCAUAUUGCAGGAGCAAUAUUGUCCAGAGAGGAUUGCUAAAUUCCUUAGACUCUGCCAAACUUAAUGAAAAUUAAUUGGGAAGGCUGUUAAUUCCCAACACUCCAAAGAAAAGAUGCUAACAGUGCAAAAAUAAUUCAAGCAUUCGUGGACAAAACAAAUUAUUAGUGGUUAUCAGGUUGCCUGGCUGCUUACUCCUAUCAGAACAUCUUUUUUUUGUUUGUUUGUUUUUUUAAUAUAUAGUUAUAUACUUGAAUUUUGGAGGCUUUGUACGUGCAUUGCUUCUAUGAGAGUUGUUUUCUGAUAGAUGCUUUGAUAAAUAUGUCAGAAUGUACUUUAUGGACAACCUAGCCAGUAGCAUGCAUGUGUACUCUUCAGAAAUUUCAAGCCUGUUUUAAGUAAGAGCAGUGAAGGGAUUUCUGUGGAACCACACAGAGCAGUACAGCAGGUUUCACUAAAUACUGGGCUGGUAUCUUCCUGCCUAAGUUGGUCAGAGCCAUGGGGGUUACGCUGGUGUAAAGGACAGCAGUGUUUGUCUAGAGAACUGAAAGCAUAAUCUAAUUGCUGGCAUCCAGAGCAAAGCGUUCUGGCUAUGAAGCAGCUGUGCCAAACAUCCUGGGAGAGGUGGGAAUAGCUCCAUUUUCAUUAACAACUCCAGCCCCCUUUGCGUCAUACCCAGUUAUGCAGCAUCCGUUUGGUGGCAACCAUCCAUCAUCCAGGCAAGAAGAAAAGUGCAGCGUGAAGACAAGGGGAGGAAUCAGCAUGGAGAAAGGGAGGGAAGGACAGAUCUUGAUUGGUGUAGUUGGGUUGCCAACAUCAUUUGAGGAGAAAUGCCUCAGAGAAAGCAACCCCCGUGAUGCUGAAUUUUAUGUUUUCUGAUGAGUGAUCUGCAGUCUCUCAGUAACAAAAAUAUAUAUAAAAAACCACCAACAAAGGAGUCUUUCAAACAAAUGGAGAGAAAAAAAUAAUGGAAGGGAAAUGAUUUUGUAGUCAAUGUAAUUUUGACUGCUGCAUAAUAUUAGAAAAUAUUGUACUGUGAAGUUACAAAUUCAAAAAGGAAAAAAUAGAAAUUCUGAUUUUGUGAGUAUAUCAACAUUUUGCAUGCUAUUGUAAGGAUCCUUAUAGGAAUUUAAUAUUGCUUAGUAUCCCUCCCUUCUUAGGUCUGGGAGCAAACCUCUUUGUAAUGUAAUGUACAACUAGAAAUUCCCUCUCUCUUAUAUGUAUUUCCAUUACAUUCCGACUUCUGAAUCUGGAAAACAGAAAAAAUGUUUAUAGUAGGAGGUGCUUUUGGGGGGAGGGAGGGAACGAAGGCAAGAAAACUUGAAGGCUUAGCAUUUUUUAUAUUUAUUUCUGCCUUUUUUGAAGGUAAAAAUUAGUCACAAUCUUGAAAACUUUUGACUUAAGUCAGGCAGACCAGUAAACCACACUGUGGUUUUGGUUUUAUGUAUUUGUUCUCAUUUCCACCUAGCAGUUCCAUAACAAUCCUUUUCCUGCUAGCUGCACACCUGCCCAUUCCAAGCUGUUGUGUGGUGCAUCUGAGGCAGUGGCACUGCUGCUGACUGCUUUGGAAAGAAAAAAAGCCCCACAAACCAACAGCAGAAGCAAAGUACAGGAGAUGGUUGGGUGACAGAGCCCUUUCCUUUCCGUGUUCAGAAUCUGUGGCUGCUCUUUGCAGUGUUGAAACUGGAAAGCAAUACCAUAAUGACUGUGCCAAUUUACUUUUACCCAACUUUUUAUUUUUAUUUAUAUAGGAAAUUAAUAUUAAGUUACUGAUGUAUGGUGUGUAACGAUGAGAAAUGGCUUUUGCUUUGGUUACUGUUACAGGUUGUUGCUUUAGUCUCUCAAUUACAAUGCUCAGUUCUAAUGUAAUGUAAUCUAACAUGCAGGCAUGUGGAUCAGGGAAAAAAAAAAGGUAAUUUAACGUAACCCAUUAAUUAUUUCUGUUGAGUAUGUUUUCCCCAAAGCUGGUAAUUUUGGGCUGGAAAAAACAGCGGAUGUUUCUGCUAAUGAUGAAAUCAUGGACUGAUUUGAAAUAUGAGAAUUGAUUUUUUUGAAUUUCUGUUAAUUUUGCAAUUUAAGUCUUUCUUCAGAUAGACGUUUGUGUUCAGAAAUGAAGCAUUUCCAAAAGGCUUUUGUAUUCUUUUCCAAGGGAUGUUGUGGGUGUGGGUUUUUUUUAAACUUUGUUGUGUUUUUAAUAAGCCUUAUCACACUUAAAACAUAAAGGGACUUUAUGUGGCUUUACAGAAGGUCUUCUGAUUUAAGAGCUGUGUUAGAAAACUUCUCCAUUUCCUGUAAGAAAUUACACAGUAUACAAUAUAAACAACAUAAGAGCAAACUAGCCAAAAAUUACCCUUUAAAACUGCACUGAGAGUUUGUGUUCUUUCUGUUUCUGUUGCAUUGGAAAGAAAUUUCUAAAGAAGCAGCUUUCAGCUACGUGCAGCUGAAACAUUAACAGCUUCAGCAGAAAUAUUGCAGGUCAUUAGGACAGACUGUACCUCCAGUUUAAGAAGAGAAAGAAGCAUAGGUUUCUUGGCAUUUAGAAACUAUUCUAAAAUUCUCUUUUUUUUUUUUACACUGAUUAGUUUUGUUGUUUUUUUUUUUUUUUUAAAUUAAAAAGUAAAGCAAAAUAAGGGAAAAGUUUUAAUGAUGGGCAAGAAGUAAAUAGUACUAGAUCGUUCUCAGCUUUGUUUUGUGUGUGCUUUUCAUGGGAGGAGGUUGAAACUAAAAUGAAACACAUCAAUUGAAAUGCUGCUGGUGUUCUUUAUCCUUGCACAAUUUUAAGCUAGUUGAGGUGGCAGCCAAGCCAUUGCAGGCUGUAUUCUAACACUGCUAUUUUUCCAUGUAUCAGCUAAGGGCAAAGUACAGCUGUGCACUGACUGUAUUUGCUGAUGCCAGCUGCCCACCUUGAUUCCAACUUUCCAUUGCUCAUGUGAAGGCAGUCAGCAUGCAGAUGAAGCAGAACUGCAAUAUGUUGUGUCGGCCACGAGGUGGUAGAACCACAGAGCGUGUUGAUGGAAGCUGCAAUAUUUUCACAGCUUAUUCAUUUUACCUGUUUAAAAUUGUGUUUCACCAUUGAGUUAGUUUUAUAUGAGUUUAUUUAAAUGGAUGUAUUGUUCUGUAAAGCAUGUGUGGACCUCUAGUUUGCCUGUCACCCACUGUAACACUGGAAGGCAUAAAAACUUGUUCAUUUCUCUUAAUGUACCAUUCCUUGAAGUAUGUACAAAAUGUAAAUUGGCCAGCAUGGCUUUCAGAGAUACUUACGAUCUGAUGGAGAAAAAAGUGACCCUCUCUGGUUCCUCACUGGUUGAUGAUUCCUUUGUUUUCAGGGCUCGUUCUGCUGGGGCAGUGCUGUCAGAUGUGGCAUUCUUACCAUGGCAAUGUUAGGAAGAAGUGGGAGAUGUUUAAGAAAAGCCUCUGCUCUUUCUCUCUUCAAUUCAAAAAGAUAGAAACUUGCAGUAAUAAAAGACCAGUACAUUCACAUUAGAUUUAAGGGAUUUGCUUCUGUUCCUUGCAGAAAAAUCUGAAAAGGGAAGUAAAUAUGUUCAGAAUAAUCAAAAUUUGGAGUAGUUGGCAAGUCAGUCACUUGUUCCUCCUUAUGUUUUUAUUUAGUCCAGGUAUGUUUUUCUUUGUAAGCUUUGCUAACAUCCCUUUGUAGUGCUGUCUGAAAAUCAGUCUGAUAUCAUCCACUUCCUUUAACACAGGGUUCUUGCAGCUGAGAUCAUGGAGCCUUUCAGUUAAUAUUAGCAAUCUUCCAUUCUCAGCCAGAAUUAAAUGGAUACCCAUAUGCAUUCCAUGGAAGUUUUCACAGGGUAGAUGAAAGUACAUGGAUCUUCCUUAAAAUCAAGAAAGGACUGCUGAUUGAAGGAGCUACUCGCAGCUAAUUAGUAUUUCUUACCAAAGUCUUAGGGAAGAAAGAUGAUAUAAAAUUGAAAAAAAACAGAAAAACAAUUAGAAAUCACUCUGAUGAGAUGAUCUGGAGCUGUACAAAGCAGAAGCUCUCCUUUCAAAUUACAGAAGAAGACCUGUGGCCUCAAUAACUGACUGCCUUGUCAGUAAAUAAACAUUAAUUUAGGAAUGUCAGGAAUUCAGCUGCUGCAGCCUCCCAGUUCUGAUGUGCUGCAACCCUCUUUCUCACUACUGAAACUUCACAGUUCAGUGCCAAGAAAGCAAAGCUUAUCACAUGCUCUGUACAUUUUUUUUUCCUCUAUGGCAACAGAGCACCACAGUCUCUGUUAAACCAAAGGUGAAACACUACUGCAAAGAAAAAUGGAACCAGGAGGUUAGAACACAGCUUAAGCUGGAAGAGGCUGCUUCUGAGCUGUAAGGAUAGAAUACCACAACACCCUGCACUGAUUGAAUGGUGGAAACAGUAGGGCCAAAGCAAAUGGAGCACAUGCAUUAUCUCGAUUCUCCUGCCAUGUGCAGAUGGCUAGAUUUAGGCCUGGGUCAAGCAAACAUGCUAAUGCUAAGAAUGAGAAAAGUAUUCAAGGGCCUCCACUGUUGGUUCUGCCACCCAAAAGUAGAAUUGGAGAACAUCACUGCAGGUGACCUGUGCAAACACUUGCCAUGUCACUUUACUUUCUACUGUCACGUUUCCUCUUUCAGUAAGAAACCCCCUCUCCUUUUCUAUCAGAAAACACAUCAUCCUAUACUGUAGAAAUGAGUUUAUAGCAGGGCUAUUCCUGGAGAUGGCUAGAAUAUUUCCAGCUUUGUGGUACAGAGUGGACCAGGUAGUGUUAAUGCUCCAGGCUUGCGCAGGCUUGUUUUGCAAGUAAGAGAUGUUCUAUUUUUUCGCCUGUUCAAGCACACUUGGGAAUGAAUAUGAUUACAGAGUGCCCAAGCCUAGAAAAAAUAUUUGUUUUACUGCUCUGCCUUAAUUGCAGUCAUGCUCAAAUCAUCUCAUUGAAAUGAUUCAUCAGAACGGAGAAUUCUUUUUGGAUUUUUUGCUAGGGCUUGUGUUUGUGUAAUUAUUGCAGUGACAAGAUGUUCUGAGAUUUCAAGGCAUUCUACAGAUGAACCAUUUAUCUGCAGAGUGAUUUCUAUUGCAGGACCAAUUUAUAUCCCUGUGGAUAUAUGGAAGAGCGUGCUUGUAUACAAAACAGCUUCCUGCCUAGAAAGAGAACAUAGCUGCUUCCCACAGAUGGCCAAAGAACCACAAUGGGAAGAGUCCACCAGUGAGCAGGUGGCCUUGCUCCUUAGAGGCUCACGUUUUCCCUGGUCAGGCGAAGCCCAGAAAGCAAUUAUGGGUCAGACCCAUUCUUUAUAGUGCCUAAUUGAAUUAUCAACCCCCAAUAUAAAUAGGCAAACUCAAAUUUCUUCCACUUUAGUCAUGUUUUGGAAGAGGACAUCUAUAACCAUUACGGGAUUAUGGAUAUAGCUGAAAACUGAUCUAAAUAUUAAAACUCCUUCGAACACAGCAGUAACAUAAUGAAAAUGCUGACAUAGCAGAAAGGUUCUUCACGACAGCCUCUCCUAAUGCAUCCACUCUCAUCUCUUCCUCACUGCAUCUCACAGCCUAGGAGAAAUCUUAUCUUGAGCUCCAUACUAACAUACAAAAACUUCUGCAAGUCGCUCAGUAAUUUGGAAUCCUGGAUACACAAGGACAGAUUUCUUAGAGAGGUGGGAUAUCAGUGCUAAAAGUGACUAGGUACUAUCCAAGGCAGCAAAAAGAGGGUAAAGAAUUAAUGCUGGAUGACAGAGAGCACCACAAUGGUACGGUGAAGUUAAGUAUGAUCUCACGGAAGGACACAUGAGAUGUGUUGUCCUUCCUGUGUCUGUCUAGCAAAAAGCAAUGGGAGCAAAACAAAGCCUUCUCUUGCCUAUAUUGGUUGUGUAGUUUGUUCUUAUCUCUAUUACACGUGUUUAUAAUCCGUGAAGAACGCCAGUGAAAGGAGGUAAUAAGACUAUUUACAUAUAAAUACAAUUAAAUUCUAAAAUGAGUGAUAAUUUAUCAGGUGUAGAAGAAAAACAACUUGUUAUUGUUUGGAUAAUUUGGGGUUUCUUCAGAAUUAAUACUACUGGCGUUGUUUUAACUCCACCGUGUUGCAGAGUCUGUUUUUGACAUCUCAUACUGCUGUUGUCAGUGCUUCGGUAUCUCAGUGCUCUGUUUUUGCAAAGAAAACCAACCCUAAUAGCUUAAUACUCAAAGGUGUUGAAACGACUGCUAAAUAUCUCUCAGUUUAGGCACGUGUGAUGAAAAAUGGAAAAAAGGGGGGAAAUAAUCAUUCAGGAUUUUUUUUUUUUAAUUAUGUGGUAUGAAAAGGAUACAAAAACUGUAUUUGGGGGAAAAAAGUCUAAGGCAUUUGUAGCCUUUCUUUGUACACAGUGUUAAAUAAAAUCUCCUGUAUCUGUUCGUCAGGGUUCUUUGGGUCUUAUUUAAUUAAAAAUUGGGCCUACAUUAAACUCAGCGUGUGAAUUGUGUUUGAGAUUGCCAAAGGUCUGGAAGUUACUACUACUACUCCUUCAAAAUUAGAGCUACUUCAUGUUUUACAGGGUAAAAGCUGUAUUACUUCAGUGAAAUCUACAGGCUGGCAGAAGGCCGUUGCUGAAUUAAAGCAACUGCAAUAUACAGGAACAGCGUGGAAGGCAGGGAAGUAGCUGGGCAAAACGCUGCAUUAGCAGGUAUGUAAUUAACAUUAUCAGGUAUUUAGUCCCUUUAAUCCCUUACCAGGAUUAUUACUUUACUAACGCAGCCAGCCUCACAGCUUUCCAUCACUAAUAUUUACCAUGAAAUCAGCUUCGGCCUCUCUAAAUACUGCAUUAAAUUAGUGUUUUGUAGCAAUCAAGGUGCAAAUGGAAUCACUUCUUUAAAUCAAGUUCUCCCAUGGGAACUUGAUGGGCAUUACCAACACCUCUUCCCCAUGGAUUCUACUCUGCUCUUGUGAGGCCCCAUCUGGAGUACUGCGUCCAAGUGUGGAGC